AAAAGCCUUCCUAGUGUCGUUUAUUUUCUCCUUUUUCCUAUAACGUCCGAAAAGGAUGCGAGUCUUUUGAUCCGCUGCUCGUAUAUAAAUACUAAAUCCUCAAUGAAGAAAGUUAACCUUUACUUCUGUGAUUUUGUGAAAUAGCAUAUAAAGUCCGAGAAAAAUGGCAAAGGCUUCAAAGAAGAGUGCUAAGAAAGGAGGAAAGAGAAAGGCGUCUACAGCAAAGAAAUAUACCAAAAAGCGAAAGCAAAGUUAUUCCAUUUACAUCUACAAGGUAAUGAAGCAGGUCCAUCCUGACACUGGUAUCUCAGGCAAAGCGAUGAGCAUCAUGAACUCUUUUGUUAAUGAUGUCUUUGAGAGGAUAGCUGGGGAGGCUUCUCGCCUUGCUCAUUAUAACAAAAGAUCAACCAUUACUUCCCGUGAAGUGCAAACUGCUGUUCGCCUUCUUCUUCCAGGCGAGCUUGCCAAACACGCUGUUAGUGAGGGCACAAAGGCUGUCACCAAGUUCACCAGCAGUAAAUGAGUAACACCCAGCAAUAAAAUAAACACCGGCUCUUUUAGGAGCCAUCAAAUAAAAUAAAAGUGUAUU